GUCAAGUGUAAUAUUGGCUUGAUUGUUUGAGUGGCGUCUUUUUGAACUACACAACAAAUAUGAUCUCUCCCGAAAAUAAGGAUUUUUCAGACAUAAAUGCAGACAACUCAAGUCAUUUUCAAGCACAAAUUUUGGACUCAAUUUUGAAUGAAGACAUUUCUGACACAGGGGAGGAUUUAACGACUGAAACUAUCUCUAAAGGAAAAUUAAAACAUGAAAUGCGAAUGUUGCAAACACGCUUUCUGAAUGACUCAACAGCAUUACAAAAUACCAAAAAUCUCUCAAAAGCGAGGGAGGACGAGCUCUUGGAACAAAUUAAAACAUUGUCUAUCAGAUUAAAUUUGGCCACUGCUCGUUAUGAUACACUUUUAGAAGCUGCAACUGAAUCUAGUGAAUUAAAAGCUGAUCUAGCUGAAACAAUAGCAUGUAAACGACGUUUAAUAAAUGAGAAUGAAGAAUUACAUGGUCAACUGAAAUCAAUACGUGAAAUUCUACUUACAAAAUUACCUGACAAAUUGGAAAACAUUGAUAUGAAUCAAAUAAAUAUCAGUAAUUAUUCAUUGUUAACUUCAAAAGAAUUUGAUGUAUUAAAUAAUAAAGCUGUGAAUAAUUUAUCAACUUUAGAAUUAGUGAAAGUAUGGCUACAUAGGUUUUUUAGUUUUCUCUCCCAAACUUUUAAUCGUAACAAUAUCAAUAAUAAAAAUUGUAACAUUGAAACUAAUCGUAAACAUGUACAAUUUGUUGAUACAACAUCGCUUAAUUCAUCAUUAUCAACUGUACAAUUGAUGAAAUGUAAUCAACCUGUAAAACAAUCAAAUCAAUCACAAUCUCAUAUUACAAAUGAUUAUAACUUUGAUAAAAUUGAUUAUGAUCGUGUUGAGGAAAUCAGCUCUAAAGUUAAUAGAAACAUUAUUGAUGAUGACAAAUCUCGUGUUAAUAAUAAUGAAGAUUCUGUUGAAUUACAAGUUAUCCGAAAACAACUGCAUUUAAUGAAAAUAGAUAAAGAAUAUUUUUUGAAACAGCUAUCAAAUCUUCGUAUUCAAUUAUCAACAGCUGAAGAAAAAAUUGCUUCGCAACAAAAAUUAAUUAUUGAAUUAGAAAAUAAUUCAAAUCAAAUGAAUAAAACUAAUUAUUUCUCUAAUCAAACUCAAUUACCAUUAGAUUUGAAUGCAACUAUUAAAAAUCAAACUGGUGAAUUAAGCAAAUUAAUUCAAAGUGAAUUUGAACGAUUAAAAUCUAUUGAUCAAGAAAUACAUAACAAAGAGAUUAACUUUCUUCGAGAACAAAAAGAAAACGCCAUAUCUGCAUAUACAAAUUUAAAAUCACAAUUAAAAGAAACAGAAUGUUUGUUAAAUCAAUAUAAAGAAAAGAUUGACGAAAUGAAAAGUUCUAAUAAGUAUUUGAAUAAUGAAUAUGAUAAUCAAUUGCGUGAACAAAUUAAAACAGCAAUGAUCAAUUUAGAAGUUGAACAAGCUGCUAGAAAAGAUGCAUCUUUAGAAGUUGAAAAACUUAAUACUCAAUUAGAUGUUAGUAAAAAACUAUACUAUGAAUUAGAAUCCCGAUUCAAUCAAGAGAAAACUGUUUGGAAAAUAAAAGAGGAAAGCUAUGAAAAGAGAUUGCAUUUAUGUGAAAUAACUGAGAAAGAAAUGAAUGAAAUAUUAUUAGACAUACACUGUGAUAGUCCCAAAUUAACUAACAUCCCAGCAUUUUCUAAUGAUUUAUGCUCCAAGUCGAAGAUAAAUACUGUUAAUUUACUCAAAACUAUACAAAAAUUGAAAUUGGAAGUUAGUAAUCUUCAAAGCGAACUUUUCAAAAAGUGUCAAGAAACUGAAGAAUUAAACAAAAGUAUGAAUUGGAAGUCUAUAACUAAUCAGCCAACUAACUGUUUAUAUCAGACAAUAUCACAAAAAGAUAAUCAAAUUCACUCAUUAUGCAGUCAGUUAGCAGAUAUUGAAAGAAAAUCAUUACUGUACAAAGAAGAAAGGGAUAAAUUAGCAUCCGAACGUAAUUUACUUUGUGAAGAUUUAGAACGUCUUUUAACAAGGAGACAGAGUUUAACUAAACUACGUGAAUUUAUUAUUUCUUUAUUACAACAAAUACAAUCUAAUUCAAAUGUUAAUUUGAACAAAUAUGUAAAUCAUUUCAAUGAAAAUAGAAUUGAUAAUUCAUUAUUAAAUAGAUUAAUUCUAUCAAACAACAACAAUAAUAAUACUAAUGAUAAUCGAAUUUCUAAUAUUCAUCAACAAGUUUAUGAUAUUAUACGUUCUCCAUAAAAAAAACUUGAAAUUGAUCGUUUGUUUGUUUCUUUGUUGUUGCUGUUGUUGUCUUGUUUUGUUUUGUUUGUUGUUUUCUUCUCUCAUCUAAAAUAAACUUUUUAUAGAAAUGUUAUUUUUUUUGAAGAAAAAAAAGAGGAAAAUCAAAUGUAAAAAUCAUUAUUUGUACAAAGUAUUUAUUAUUUAAAACAAUUAAUCCCUUUGAAAACAUUUCGGUAAUUCAAUAAGAAGACAAAGUUUAUCAUAGUUAUGUGAUGUAUGUAUAUACAUAUAUCUAUGUGAUAUAUGAUACUGACUUAUUAUCCAGAGUGGCUACCAGAUUGUUUUUCUAUACUUUAUUAUUUUCUUUGUUAUGGCUUACCUUUAACCUGCCUAGUUGACUUUUUAAUUUUUCAUAUAUAUAAAUGUUCUUAACAAGUAUAUUACGUGUGAUUAAAUUGUUCGAAAUGUAUUGCGCUAAUCUACCAUAUAGUUCUGAUCAACUUUGUCUUCUGAUUGCAUUAUCGAAAUGUAUCAUUUAAACAAUAUUAUCACUUUCAAUUGAAAUUUGUUUAAUUUCUUUUUUCUUUUGUUUCCUUUCUUUCUUUUUUUUAAAUCGAUAAUAUCUUUCAAUAUUUUAAAGGUUGAUUUAAAGUUUUCAUUUAAUUGUAUUAAAUUAAUUUAUAUUUUGUUCAAAUUAUGAUUUAGUAAAAAUUGAAUGAUCAGUUUAGGGUUGUGGAGAUUGUUAAGUUUUCGAUUGAGAUCAUGAAUCGAUUAAAGUCAGACCACCAUUGAAAAACCUGGAAGCACUGGACGGCCGUUUCAUUCUAGUAUGGGACUUCUCAGCAAUGCGUGCCCACGAUUCCGCCUACCGCAAUAAUAAAUCAUUACUACAUUGUUUACGGAGACAAAAAAGAAUGAGCAACAAUUUGAUAGACCUAGAAAGAAAGGCCAAUGGCAGAGUGGGUUGGAGAAUUGUGGUCGGGAGUAACAGGCGAUGAUUAAACGAAUACUCAGUUAAAGAUCUUCACGGAUUUUACAACAACUAUUCUAAAUGAAAAUGAAGUCACGUGCCACACUUCUGGUUGAGUAAUUUCCUAUCCUGUUGCCGUCUUUAAAAGGGUUCCAGAUCCUUCCAAAAGCCCAAGGUCGUCUGAAAUGCAAUAAAUACCCUAGAUUUGAUGUGCAUAGAGUAAGCUUGAAGUAAAGCGUUAUUUCCAAAUUUCGCGUCUUCUAUCUCGUGUUCAAGUUGUCGUGUAAAGUUAGUCCGGGGUUAUUAGAAGAGCUUGUGGAAUCUAUUCAAAAGUUUACUCAGAAGAUUUAUCACUUUAAACAUAUUUUCAAAAUUAUGUUCUGUUAAGGGACGGAAAACCGACUUUUCAGAUUUAUUUAUUUAAGCAUACAACUGUUAUUUGUUUGAUACAGAAGAGUAACUGGGGUUUGAUUCUCAUAUUGAAUACUUUGAGAUAAUUAUUACAAAAUACCUAUGAAUUACGCACAUUAAAAACUAGUAUGUAUUUAUGAUAAAAAAAACCGCAUUUUGCCAGCUUUGACAGUAUUACAAUGACAUAAAAUGUAAGUUGUAAGACGGUAUCGCUUAUCCACUAGAUAAUAGCAUCUACUGUGAUGAAAUAGGAUGACAGUUAAUAAUUUAUUCCACAAAAUUUCUGAAAAUAUAACUAGAGAACACUCUGGUAGGAAUAACAAUGUUAUAAAGUAUACCGUGGAUUCGAACCUAAACUUCAAGGAAAAAAACAUGAUUAGCGAAGGAAACUAAGAACUUGGCGAAAUGUUGAGUUAAGAUCCAUUUAUGAUAGAAAGAAUAUGUAUCAGAUAGUAAUACAACAAUCAGGACAUCAGGAUUUAAAAACAGGAAUAAGAACAUAUUCAGAAUUGUUUAUAUGAUUAAAUUCUCAUAUUGUCUCAUUUUGUUAACAAGAAAUAAACCAGUUUUAGAGAACUAUUCAUUGUAAGUAAUAAAAACAGUGUAGUUAAUAAGCCGUCAGUUGAUUACGAUUAGUAAGGGACGAUUAUAUUUGGAUUCCAAAUAUAUAAUGCGUUGGUGAUUAAUUUUGUUAAAGUAAAUUUGAUUCCUUUUAAAAAGUUAGUGUCAGAAAUUACAUUCCACAAUAAGUGAUAUAUUAUUUGAGAAAAAUUGCGUUUACGCUUAAAAAGUAGUUGUCAUCAAAUCCACUGUAUAACACACUGUAGAAUUGUAAUUGCUUUAUUGUAUACUGAAAUACUUUAAAUUUCUCUCAAUCUACUAAUUUAAAUCUGACAAGGAGUCAAUUGUUAGGUAUUUCUAUUAUUACUAUUAUUUUCAUACAACUAUAUUAUUUUAAAACAGCAUGCACCAAUCCAAUCACAAUUGACGGGGAAGAUUUGGAAGAUGUAAAAACCUUUUUAUAUUUGGGCAGCAUCAUUGAUGAACAGGGUGGAUUUGAUGCAGAUGUGAAAGCGCGGAUCGGUAAAGCGAGAGCAGUAUAUUUACAACUGAAGAACAUCUGGGACUCGGAACAAUUGUCAACCAACACCAAGGCCAGAAUUUUCAGUACAAAUGUCAAGAAACUUCUACUGUAUGGGGCAGAAACCUGGAGAACUACGAAAGCCAUCAUCCAGACGAUACAAGUGUUUAUUAACAGUUGUCUACGCAAAAUACUUCGUAUCCGUUGGCCAGACACUAUUAGUAACAACCUACUGUGGGAGAGAACACACCAGAUCUCAGCGGAGGAAGAAAUCAGGAAGAAGCGCUGGAAGUGGAUAGGACACACAUUGAGGGAAGCAUCCAACUGCGUCACAAGACAAGCCCUCACAUGGAAUCCUCAAGGCAAAGGAAAAGAGGAAGACCAAAGAACAUAUUACGCCGGGAAAUGGAGGUAGAUAUGAGAAAAAUGAACAAGAAUUGGAUGGAACUAGAAAAGAAGGCCCAGGACACAGUGGGUUGGAGAAUG